AUGCUUAGGCCUCGCCGCAAACGCACGACAUAUCGUCCUCUGGAAGUCGUCCAGCAAACGCUGAGGGAUCCGGCCAUUGCCGCCCCCGCGCUCCCUCCAGGCACGCCUUUCCCCUGUGGCGUCCGCUUUGCAAAGACGAUUAUUGGUGACGCUAAAGGCAACCUUCUUUUCGAGUUCCCAAAGACGAAAGUUGCAUGCAAUCUGCCUACCAGCCACCUCUCGCCGCCGUCCUCGAUUCCCCGCAAACCACGAUCAAUCAUCCAAGGGACCGCCAUCGACAAGAGUGUGCCCUUCUCUUCUUAUAGCUUCAUCGAGUCGACAGCACUGGCCAGGCUUUCUGCCAGUGAUGUGAAAUAUCUGGAGAGCGAGGGAUGCUUCAAGAUUCCCCACAGACCUCAUCUGGACAACUUCGUCCGCGAGUAUUUCCUCCAUGUCCACUCGUGCAUGCCUGUGGUGGAUGAGGCCGACAUGUGGCUGUCGUAUGAGCAGGAAGCAGGGAGACCCAAAAUACCCCUCCUGCUAUUUCAGGCCAUGCUCUUCGCGGCGUCCAGGUUUGUACCCCUCCCCAGUCUCCAGGCCAGUGGCUUCGAUGGUUCCCACGAGGCCAGCGAAGUCCUCCACCGCCGUGCUUCACUCCUCCUCCAGUUCAAAACAGAGACCGACCAUGGGGUCCGGACCCAAGCUGCCUUGUUAUUAUCGCUCCAAUCAACAGCCCUCGACAUGUAUACGAACAGCUCCUUCUUAUCAAUGGCGAUUCAGUCCGCCCAAGCGAGUCGAUUGCAGCUUUACGGGACUCUUCCAGGCUUGACACUGGACGAGCGCCAACGCAAAAAGCGACUCUUCUGGUGUGUGAUUGUGCGGGAUAGGACAAUUGCACUUGCCAUGCGCCGACCUCUACAGGUUACACCAGAUGCUUUUGAUCCCUACCAAGACCCGCUAACAGAGCAAGACAUGGAGCCCGAGAUGAAGGGGUCUAGUGUGUAUGACAUGGCUACAAAGCAUGAUCUCAUGAAGAUCUUUGUUAUCCACUGCCAGCUUGCGGCUGCGCUUACCUCGACAGUGAUGAUAACGUGCUCUCGAAAUAAUACGCCCAUUCCGGCACUCCCAUCGCAUGAAGAUCUACGCGGAGCCCUUGUGGCUUUGGACCUCUGCACGCAUGAUCUAAAGAUGUGGCUGGACAAAGCAGAGCCACAGCUGCAAUCCAUAGCAUCUGCCACCGCGAACCGUAGCAAUUUCAUAACAGUAUGCGUGGAUCUCCAGUGGAUGUACUAUCAGUCAGUUGCCCAACUCCGGAAACGCUUAACUAGGACAGAUAACUUAUUCUUCUUUAGCAGCGCGCAUAUGGCCUUGAGCCAUUUCAUCAUUUUCAUGUCCAGCAUGAGCACCCAUGCCCCCAAGCCUGAUGGGAUGUCGGGUGUGGGAAUGAGCAUGAGCAACCUGAUGGGCUCCUUUGCAGGCCUUAAGGAUGUACUCAGGAGGCUGGUGAUGUCAAAUCAGGCCGGUCUCCUGCCUAUCAGUGCAGUAGCCUAUACCGCAUGGCCGCUAUUACUCGCAUCUCUCGAUGUUCAGCUGUCCAAGAGCCAGAGCCAGAAGCGAACUCGCAUGCCCGAGCUCUGGGUCUUUGAAGAAGCGAUGAGACAAUACAAACAACAGUUCCUGGUUACCCAGUUUCUCACAGACGUCAUUGACCGGUUGCUGCGGCUUUCAAAGGGCGAACUGGACGAGACUCGCAAGAAUCCACAUGACAUCGCGCAGCCGGAGGGUCAGAAUCAACCACAAGAAUGGAGCGAGCUCUACUGGCAAACUCCGCACCUAUAUUUCAAGGUCCUUUUCUCGUUGGACUAUGCCAUGUCUUCGGGAAAGCUGCCAUCGAAAGAAGAAUAUCCGGAUUGGUCGCCUGCCCAACUGGGCCCUCAACCUCCACCCUCGCAAUCGUCUCGGCUUACACCGCUGGCAACCUAUCAUACUAGCCUUUGCGUAUACCAGUGCCUUGAGCCGGCCCCGUUCCCUGUCUUGCCCGAGCAGUCUGCAUAUGAGGGGUGGAACCUGGACAAUUACAAUGAGACAGGCCGAUUCUGUCAGCCUCUUCUGAGCGAGUCGGUAUUUGGCGAAGAGCCUGACGCGGCCAAGAAAGACAAUGAAUGCACUGAUAUGACCAGUAUGAGCCCAUCUGAUCUGUGGGAGGCAGCGGUUUGUACUGGGUCUGGGUCUGGGUCUGACAACGAUCAAGCCAUCACCGAGACCCUCUUGUACAUGCUCCAAUAUUCAUGCCCCGCGAUAGGAUGA